AUGCGAGAGCGCUCCCGCCCCUGGGGCCGACGAGAAGCGGGCGACAGCGGCAGGAGCGCGGGUGGGGUGGCGUCGCCUCGGAGAGAGCGGUGCGGGGUGCCAGUGGUGGGCGGCGGCCGCAGGCUGGCGAUGGAGGAAGGGGCAGCAGACCUACGACAGAGAAAGAAGCAAAGCUGCACAGAAUCUGACAAAAUGGCUCCAGAGGAGAGAAACAAAGAAAACUUCAAGCCGGGAAGAUCGCCAAAAUAUGUGUUAAUUCAGCGCUUUGCAAAACUUUUCUUUGGCUGUCUCGCUGCAGUCACAAGUGGGAUGAUGUAUGCUGUGUACCUCUCAACAUAUCAUGAACGGAAAUUCUGGUUUUCCAGCAGGCAGGAACUUGAACGGGAAAUUACAUUUCAGGGUGACAGUGCCAUUUAUUACUCGUUCUAUAAAGAACUACUAAAGGCUCCUUCCUUUGAAAGAGGUGUUUAUGAAUUGACACACAACAACAAGACCAUAUCACUGAAGACAAUCAAUGCAGUCCAGCAAAUGACUUUGUACCCGGAGCUGAUUGCCAGUGUUUUGUAUCAAGCCUCUGGUAGCGAAGAAGUUAUUGAGCCAGUGUAUUUCUACAUUGGUAUAGUUUUUGGACUGCAGGGAAUUUAUGUGACUGCAUUGUUUGUAACCAGUUGGGUUAUGAGUGGGACUUGGCUGGCAGGAAUGCUGACUGUAGCAUGGUUCAUUAUUAACAGGACAGAUACAACAAGAAUUGAUUACUCCAUACCAUCAAGGGAGAACUGGGCUUUGCCAUAUUUUGCAUGUCAAGUAGCAGCUCUCACGGGCUAUUUAAAAAAAACCCUCAAUUGUUCUGCUGAGAAGUUUUGUUACCUUUUGGUGAGUGCUUCAACAUACACCUUCAUGAUGAUGUGGGAGUACAGCCAUUAUCUCCUCUUUGUCCAGGCUGUUUCUCUUUUUCUGCUAGACAGCUUUGCCCUGGCACAGACAGAGAAGGUGCAUGAAGUAUACAAAAUCUAUUUGUUUUCUCUCUUCUUGGGAUACCUUUUGCAGUUUGAAAAUUCAGCCUUACUGGUGUCACCCUUACUGAGUCUUGUAGCAGCUUUAAUGCUCUCUAAAUGCCUUCAGAUGAAUAUGAAAAAAGGGACAUUUAUGUCAAGAUUGCUGAAAAUAAUGUACAUUUAUUUGGUGCUUACAAUAACAGUGACACUAAACUUCUUACUAAAGAUGCUUGUUCCUCAUAAAGAAAAUGAACAUUUAUUGAAGUUCAUUGAAGUAAAACUUGGCUUAAACACAACUACGAAUUUUACAAUGAAUUGGCUCCUUUGUCAAGAAUCUCUUCAGGCACCCUCCCAAGACUUUUUUUUGCGACUAACACAGUCAUCAUUGUUGCCUUUCUAUAUUUUAGUAUUAAUUAUCUGCCUUUUUUCUGUAACUCAGGUCAUUUUUAGGAGAAUUUGUGGUGAACCACUGAAAGACACAGUUAAACUUGAGGAUGGUCGCAUUGGAGAGAGGCCAGAAAUAGUUUAUCAUGUAAUUCACACAAUUUUGCUUGGUUGCCUAGCCAUGUGCUUGGAAGGAAUGAAAUACCUCUGGACACCUUAUGUGUGCAUGCUUGCUGCAUUUGGUGUGUGCUCCCCCGAGCUUUGGAUGACGCUUUUCAAGUGGCUGCGACUGAAAGCUGUGCAUCCCAUCCUGCUGGCUCUUAUUCUGAGCAUGGCAGUUCCCACAAUAAUUGGAUUCAGCUUGUGGAAAGAGUUUUUCCCCAGGAUAAUGACAGAGCUUUCAGAAUUACAAGAAUUUUAUGAUCCUGAUACAGUAGAACUUAUGACAUGGAUAAAGAGACAGGCUCCUGUGGCUGCUGUGUUUGCAGGCAGCCCACAGUUAAUGGGUGUGAUUAAGCUGUGUACUGGGUGGAUGGUCUCCAGCCUGCCUUUAUAUAAUGAUGAUGAUCUUCUAAAAAGAAAUGAAAAUAUAUAUCAGAUCUAUUCAAAGAGGUCAGCAGAGGACAUUUAUAAGAUACUUACGUCUUACAAAGCCAAUUUUCUGGUUAUUGAAGAUUCAAUCUGCAAUGAAGUGGGACCUGUAAGAGGAUGCAGAGUUAAAGAUCUAUUGGAUGUGGCUAAUGGUCAUGUGGUUUGUGAGGAAGGUGAGAGCUAUGCCUACUCGAAAUACGGACGAUUUUGCCAUGAAAUCAAAAUGAACUAUUCCCCAUAUGUGAAUUACUUCACUCGGGUAUACUGGAACAGGUCCUACUUUGUAUAUAAAAUCAACACUGUGAUAUCCUUCCAGUCAUGAAGAAGCAUGCCAGCUGCUUUCUGAGGAUUGAUUGUG